AUGACCAACUCGAACGCAGUAUUGAUGAAGACCAUGAUGAUGGACCAUCCAUUUCAUUCAUCUCCAACAACUUCGUACCAAACUCUUUCUCCUUUUGAGUGUAAUACGUUGAGCACACACUCCUCAACAUUCCCUCCCAUGAUUCAAAAAGUCAAAUUGGAUGAAAUUACCAUUCAAACACCAACCUUCUUGAAAUUGGAUAUUCAAGAUGUCAUGCAAGCUUGGCAAGAAUUGUAUUGUCAACACGAAGAGGACCAUGACGAUGAACAACAACUCCCUUCUGAGAUCAUGAUGGACCAAGAACAAUAA